UCCUUGGCAUACCCACACUAGUUGGCUCGAAUCCUCAUGGCCGCUCGAUUUCGUGCAGUGGCAACGCGGGCAGCCCGGGGGUCCUUCCUGGUGCUGGGGGUAGGCCUGGCUGCGAAAGAAAUCCAUGAUCUUUUCUUCGAGGAGGCGCAAGUGGACCAGCGAGCGCAGCUGUUCCUGGGUCUGGACCCAGAGGUCAUCGCUGCCAGGACGGAGCGAGAGCGGCAGCUGCGGGCGAUCAUGUCAUCUGCGGACAGGCGAGCACGGGAGGUGUUGGCGCAGGGUGGCAGCAAGGCACAAGAUGCCCUGCUGAAGCUCAGGGGUGAACUUGUGGAGGAGGCUCAUCAGGUGAUGUACCCCUCCAUCUCCCGGGAUGAGCUGCAGCGCAGGCGGCAAAGCUACGGGAAUGUGAAGUGGACGGAGGAAGCCAUGAGCCGGAUCGCAGGGUUCUCCCCUUUGGUGGAGGUGGGCGCCGGCGAGGGCCAGUGGCAGGCGGAGUUGCGCCGGCGCGGCGCGGAUGUCACGGCCUUCGACAACCAGUCCAGUCCCAGCCGCUUCGGGACCGACGACAGGCGGCGGUCCGGAGAAGUGUGGGCCGCAGGCUGCUGCUGGUGUACCCACCUCCAGGGCCCAUGGCAUACAGGUGCCUCAUGCACUACAGGGGGGACGUCCUCCUCUACGUGGGCGAAGGCCGGGGCGGCGUGAACGGCGACGGGGCCUUCUUUGAUGCCUUGGCGGCGGGAUGGAAACUCGAGGAGACUCUUCCAUUGGACA